AUUACUCUAAAAUCUUAGAAUUUAUAUCAAAAAGCCUUUAAUAUUCAUUAUGUCUCUGCCACGAUAUCAGACAAACACUCCCCUUCAUCCUACCUUUGAGAAGGAUAUCCUCAACACUCAUCUUAUCUACGACUACGACGCCACAGACGCAGAAGGAAACCCAGAGAAAUGGCGUUAUGAAAUCUGGUUCUUCUCCGACGAUCGAGUCGUCUACGCCAUCCACGGUGGCCCAAUGGCCGGCCGUAUCAACUACCAAACCGUAGCAUACCAAUGCGUUCGACCAGGAGAGCUAUGGCAGAUCAAUUGGCUCGAAGAGACUGGAACCAUUGUUUCGCUUGUUUACGACAUCACCAACAAGACUAUCAGCGGCAUGUUAGGCUUUUCAAAGGGGCAUUGGGAACAUGCUGAGGAGGCGCAUGGUGAUAAGAGAAACCCAACCGAUUUCAACAGGUGGAAGGAGUUGGCCAACAUUGGAAAACAGACUGACAGAUUCAUUUUGACAGAGCAGGCUAAGAUUCUAGAGGUGUUCAAGGGUCAGGGUGAUUUGAAGCCCAUCAAGGAGGAGGACCCAACAUUUUAAGGUUUGGAGAUAGGUAGAGGGCGUCAUUGGUUUUAGACGUAUGUGCCACGGCGAAUCAGCUUCUUAUGAUAAAUAAUCAAAAAUGAAUUUACGA